CCCAUGUUGUCAUAACAACUCAGAUGAUUCUCCGCGCGGGAACUUGAGCGAGAGACAUAAGCGAUCGAGUUAUGUUGAUGUCGAAACAAACCCCAAACAGAAAGUUCGUCCCUAGACGUUGCUAAAUAAUCUUUAUUCGUUCGCAUAACUGAAUAGGAGUAAACAUUUAACACAAAUGAGUGUCCAGAAUGGUGAAAGUGAUUUCAACCCGGCGGAAAAUAUCGGCAAAUCGCCAAUUCCAUUGCAGCUGAAAGCUAGUGAACAAGCUUUACGGUUUCUUAAAGAUGUCGAUGAUUCAACCUGGGGAUCUCUUGUAUUUCCUGACACACUUGUUACAACCUCGGCCACCGGAAGGGAAAUUGGAGAGAUGAGUGUCACAGUUGAAAAAGUGGUAUGGAAAGAUGAAUCCUGUCUACUUGUACAUGCAAACAGCCAUGGUGUUGUCGACCAGGUUCCUAUCGGCACCUCUGUCACAGCAUACAUCAACAGAUCUUUGGCAACAAUUGAACAGACACACUAUGAAUAUGUUAAGAUCCCUGAAAAACCUUUAGACAAGCGAACAUACCUCACCCUUGAUGAGACAGGAUAUACCAUCAGAAAGACUAUAUCACAGGGAGAGGAAGUCAGAAAAACAGAAAGUCAUUUCUCCCCUGAAGAUUUCCAAGGAUUCAUAUCCGAAGGUUCCAAUCUUCUGAUACAGCGAAUAAUGAUAAUAAAAGGUGUUCCUCCUGACAUGACAUUUCUUGCAUUUGACUCUGAGACAAACCUCAGCAUUUCAUCAUAUAGACCACUAGGAGAGAAGACUCAAGCAAUUGGAAGUGAAGAUGUAACACUUGUUGGUCUUGAGAGAACAAUCCAUGCAGUUGAAGAAUCGCCUACAACAUGGCAAGCAUACUUUAUGCAGGAUGGACAUCUGGCCAGCAGGACACAAGUGGGCUCAGGAGUAACGAUGACACUGCCAAACAUCCCCGCAGAAUCGCCCAAAGAAGAAGCCCCUCAAGUCUCACAGCUUCCUGAGCAGAAAAUAAAACCACUGAGAUGGGACGAGGAUGUGCAGCUGUACUCAAUAUUUUUGGAUCGCAAAGCGGCUUUAUCAGAUGACCAUGCAACCUACAUGCGUCGGCACCCAGAGCUACGGGCCCUUCUAGCAGAUUUCCUCCAGUUUCUCCUACUUCGAAAGCCAGACAAUGUCUGCGAAUUUGCUUCUGAUUUCUUCUCUACUUUCUCGUCGGCCACGCCCUCAGGGCCUUCAUUUGCCCAAUCGUCAUCCACGCCUGCACCGUGACUGGAAGCUCGUGUGGACAUCCAGUGCAAUGGUCACUGACGGCUUUUUCUCGCAAUUCCGUUCUCCCUUCCCCUUCGAAUCAUUUAUUGUUUAUUUAUGCUUUAAUGAAAAUACGCAGGGAACAAUCCUAGAGGAGCACGGGCUUCGCAAUGCUGCAUUUGAAAGUGAUCGAAUAAUUAUUCCCAACUCUUAUGUGCUUGUUCAUAUGUCAUGCAAAAAGGAAUUCCUUGAGUUCAACAAAUGGCCUUUUGCUCAUAAGGUUGUGUCAGUUUUAAGAAAGAGAAAACGCUUCUAUUUAACUAGUGUAUUUGUUCAGAUUAAUUGCAUUUCACUGUAACCUGUUAAUCGAGUACAUUGCCCAUUUUGACAAUGCAUUUUUCUCGUGUAUGUCUGUUGUUUUCAAAUUUUCAGGGCAAUUAUCUCAUAAUUAGACCAUGUUCAACCUCACUUAUCUGCAUUUAUGGCGUCAUUUAUGCGUCAAUAUGCAUCAUGGACCAGGCGUCAAUGGUCUAUGGGUAAUAAAAUAAUAUUCACAUUCCAAA